UGGAGAGUAGAUUAAAGUGGCGGAUCGAGUUCAGGUGCGUCUGAAGUCGAAGCCCCGCCUCCGUUUACCUCAAACGUCCAUGGCGCCGGGACGUGAUUGGCCCAGAGGCUCCAGCUGCCCGGGCGGUGAGACAUGGCGGAGGUCGAAGUCUCGCAGCAGCGAGCGCUCCGCAGGAGUUCGUUCACUUCGCAACAUGUCGACGGAACCUGAGUUGGGGAUGUUACUGCCGUCGCGCCUCGAGUGGAGCGGAGUCUAAAGAGGCAGAGUCGUCGUCGUCGUCUGGUUCGUUUUCCGGGGUAGGACGGAGGAGCAGCAGGAGGCAGGAGCGGCGGCGGCGGCGGUGGCGGUUGUUUGGGGGAAAAAUGUGUUGUCAUCUCCGCGCAGCAGUCAACAGCCCUGGGCAACAAAUAUGGCUACUUCUUGUGUAUCCGUCAGUUCGGGUUGAGAAGCGUCCCGGUCGCGCCGAGCGGGGAAGUUGUGCCGCAGUCGCUCGGCAGUGAAGUUAAACUUUACCGCAGAGACUAAGAAGCUGGAUUCGUCCCGACGCUGGUUCGGUUGACGCGAAGGAGUUCGGUGGAGGCGGCGGAGCGAAACGACGAAGAAGAAGGAGAAGAAGAAGGAGAAGGAGAAGAAGAAGGAGAAGAAGAGAUGGAGCCCGAGCAUAAAGAGUUGCUGGAGAAGUGCUACCAGCACCUGGUGGAGUCCAUGACGGACGCGGACCGAGUCGUGGACGCGCUGGCUCGCGGCGGGACCCUCAGCCCGACGGAACGCUUCGAGCUGGGACACCAGUGCGCCUCCAACGCGGACAGAGUGGACCUGCUCCUGAAGACGCUGCUCGGCAAGGAGCGGGACCACUUCGCCGAGUUCUGCUCGGCGCUGGAGGAGGCGCACCCUCACCUGCACUCGGCGCUGCUGAGCGGCGUCGGGCCGGUGGACCGCACGACCGGGUCCACUUACAGCGUCCUGUCCACCAUGCCGUCAGACUCCGAGAGCAGCAGCUCCCUCAGCAGCUUAGGUACGCCUGCUCAAGCCUCCUCCCCCCCGCCCGCCCACAUGGACAUCCACCCCGUGAAUGAGAAGAUGGAGACGGUUCUGUUCCAGCUCCGACACGUGACCCGAGAGAGGGACGAACUUCGCAAGCGUCUGGCUCUCUCCUCGCCUGGAACCACCUUCGAUGACUGCAGACCAAACUCAAAAGCGGGUCACGACUACGAGCGUCUGAAGCUGCAGUGCAUGAAGGCAAUGGCAGACCUGCAAUCCCUGCAGAACCAGCACAGCACCACCCUGAAGAGGUGCGAGGAGGCUGUGAAGAAAGCCGACUUCUACCACACGCUGCACGGCCGUCUGGCGAGCGAGCAUGCCCAGCAAAAAGAUGAGCUGGAGGCGGUGAGACAAGACAAUAUCCAGCUGGUCAGGGAGCACAACCACUUGAAGCAGGCCUGUGAGGAGCUGAGGAGGCUGCACGAUGAUGACCAGAGAGAGGUGGCUGAUAUGAAGAUGCUGCACCAGCAGGUGAUGAGAGACGGGUCACCCGAUGUCCUCAACAAGCUGUAUGACACAGCCGUGGACAAGUUGGAGGCCGUGAAGGGCGACUACGAGGCUCUGAGGAAGCGCUACAAUGAGAAUACGGCGAGUCACAAUGCCGAUCUGAGCCGUCUGGACCAGGCAGAGGAGGAGAACCACCGUCUGCAGAAACAGCUGGACAUGCUCCUGAAGCAGAGAGAUGCUGCCAUCCACUAUCAGCAGCAGUACUCCUCGUCAAUAAGAAGGUUUGACAGCACACAGCAGGAACUGUCCAAGGCCGCGACGCAGAACAAGGAGCUGCAGCGAGAGAUGGAGCGGCUGCAGUCGGAGGCAACGCGGCUCAAGACCCAGCAGCUCAAGGCAGCGAAGGACUCUGAGAAAUACAAGGAGGAGCGAGACUCUGUGAUCAGCGAGUACCGUUUGAUCAUGAGCGAGCGGGACCAAGUGAUCAAAGAGGUGGACAGGCUUCAGACUGGGCUGGAGAUGGCAGAAGCCAAGCUGAAGAACACGUCCUCUCAGAGACGGGUGGCCAACGAGGAGCUGGAGGCUCUGCGACAGGAGUUGGCGUCGGCACUGGUGGACAGGGACCUGGCCAUCUGCGAAAAGAACGAGCUGCUGGAGAAAUACUGCCACGAGGUGAAGGACAAGGCUGAGGCCCAGAAAGAGCUCAGCCAGGCCUGCAAGGACAUCGAGACGGCGCGCGAGGAGAGGGACGUGGCCCGCAAGGAGAGGACGGAGGCGAUCAUCCAGAGGGACCAGCUGCUGCGAGAGUAUUACCAGGCCAGACAGAAACAAGACUCUGCCACGAUUGACAUGGAGCGAGCCAACAAGGAGAUUGAAAUCCUGAGGAAGCAGUACGAGGCCAUCUCUCAGGAGCUGAAGGAGGCGCUGCAGGAGGCGGAGGUAGCCAAGUGUCGACGGGACUGGGCCUUUCAGGAGAGGGACAAGAUAGUGGCAGAGAGGGAGAGCAUUCGCACACUCUGCGACAACCUGAGGCGAGAGAGGGACCGAGCUGUGAGUGAUCUGGCAGAUGCUCUGAGGAAUCUGGAUGACAUGAGGAAACAGAAGAACGACGCCGCACGGGAACUCAAAGAACUAAAAGAAAAGGUGGAGGACCAGUUAGAAGAGGAAGCGAGGUUUCGUCAGUUAAUGGCUCACAGUUCACACGAUUCAGCCAUCGACACUGACUCAAUGGAGUGGGAGACGGAGGUUGUUGAAUUUGAGAAGCACAGAGACAUGGAUUUAAAAGCACUUGGAUUUGAUAUUGCUGAGGGGGUAAAUGAUCCCUAUUUACCUGGAGACUGUGGCAUAUUUGUCAGUAAGGUGGAUAAAGGAAGUAUCGCUGAAGGAAGAUUAAGGGUGAAUGAUUGGUUGUUAAAAAUUAAUGAUGUGGACCUGACCAAUAAGGAUCGGAAGCAGGUGAUCAAAGCCGUGCUGAGCGGAGAGGGGGUGAUCAACAUGGUGGUUCGCAGGAGGAAGUCACUCGGAGGACGGAUCGUCACUCCGAUCCAGAUAAACCUGGCUGGACACAAAGAAAGUGGCAUUGGCCUGGAGAGUGGAGUGUUUGUUGCCACUGUGGCUCCAGGCAGUCCAGCUGCUAGAGACUGUGCUCUCACUGUUGGUGACAGACUUCUAGCUAUCAAUGGAAUUGCUCUUGAUAACACGUCACUCUCUGAAUGUGAGUCUUUGCUGAGAAACUGCCACGAUUCUCUCAGCAUCUCCCUCAUGAAGUUCCUCCCACAGAGCUGCUCGGGUCAGAGUUUAUUUGAAAGUUUGAAAGACUCGGAAAAGAGCUCCCGACUUCAGUCCUGUGAGGUCCACACUCGGAACUGCAGGAACUCCAAGCACAACUGCUCCAAGCACAACUGCUCCACACAAACGGACGUUUGCAGCUGUGACUCUGGCGGCAGAGGGGAGGUGUGUAAGGAUGCCGGUGACUCUCUGGAUAACAGCAGCAGCAGUAGUGCACAUUCCCACCACAAGCCUUUUUCCGACAGCUCUGUGCACUCCCGCUCCCUUUCCACCUCGCACACUCCCUCAGAUCCCCACCCAGACUUCUGCUACAGGAGGCAGGAGAUCCACCAUCGCCCCUUCACCUUCGCCCCGGUGCCCUCGGACUGCAGCUCACCUCAGACAGCUGUUGAACGGGUGCAGAGCUCACCAGCCAAGCCAAGCGGAGGCACGUGGCCUAAAGUAAUCGCGGGAGCUUCAAUUACUGAGUACGCCCAGCUCUCCAUCUACAAAAAACCCAAACAGAGGAAGUCCAUCUUUGAGGUGAAUGCUUUCAGGAGACCUGAUGUGCCCCCAAAACUGGACUACAUGUCUGUCUCCCAGUUGCCCAAGCACUCGCCACAGAGCUCAAUAUCUGAAUCCGCUCAGAACCCUCCCACCCCGCCUGCCAGAAGUGACUCGUUCAGGUUCAAACAUCGGCAACAGAACAGCUCGGCUUCGGACUCUACCAUCACCACCGGCACUCCCCCUGCCUCGCCGGCUCAAGCUACAAGCCCACAGAACGAUGGACAGGCAGGGAACCAGUUCUAUUACACCGAUGCUCCUCCAGGCGAGACUAAGAUUGCCAUCAAGAAACCUGCAGAGGAAGAAGGGAGGCGACAUAGGGCGGAGGGGCAAAUAAAGAGGAGAUACCGACCAAAAUCGGCACCGGCACUGCGGAGAAAUGUGACUCCACUACACAUCCCUGUUCCCAUGCAGGUACAGAGUUUCUCUAAUGACGAGUACUCCCCAGAGCCGGUGGACUUGUUACGCUUUUCUCCUAUGAGAACUAAUCGGUACAGCAUGUCAUUCGCACCUCCCAGCUACAGCAGCAUUGCAGCACAUGCAGCACAGCGAGGUUUAGCCCCAUGUCCAGCUGUGACGGCUGUGAUGAGGAACCCGGUCUACACGGCCUGGAGCCAUGAGAUCCAGGGCAACAAUUGUCCUCCAGCUCCCAGCUCAGGAGUCCAUCCACAUUCGCACACAAGCCCCCAGCAUCAAGGUCGCCUUAGCCUGGAUCUAAGCCACAAGCGUACUGCAGAAUCGACUGACAUGAAGUGCAGCCAGCCACCACACAGCACCAACUCCCUGCCCUCCAGUGCCAGACUGGGCUCCUUGAGUACUUUACAGUUUAGGGCAGAGCGGAUUAAGAUCCUUCCCAUUCGUUAUCCCCGCUCCACCGGAUCGGACCGAGGCUCUCUCACACAUUCAGAGUGCAGCAGCCCGACACCUCCGAUGUCCCCCGUCAACCUGGAGACAUCGUCUUUCACCAGCAGCCAAUCACAGAGCUCCAUUUCUACCCAGCCCAGGAUAUCAGUCAGCCCUGCUCCUAUUGGGGACAGGAGGAAGGAUGGGCCGUACUUGGAGGAGCCACGCAAUGUAACAGUACAGAAAGGAGCUGAACCACUGGGGAUCUCCAUCGUGAGUGGAGAGAACGGUGGAGUGUUUGUUUCCAAAGUGACCGCAGGCAGCAUCGCACACCAGGCUCGUUUAGCGUACGGAGACCAGCUCCUCGAGUUUAACGGAAUCAACCUUCGUAAUGCCAACGAGCAGCAGGCACGACUUGUGAUCGGGCAGCAGUGUGACACUGUCACCAUUCUGGCUCAGUAUAAUCCUCACAUGUUUCAGCUGGGCAACCACUCGCGCUCCGGGUCUCGGAUGGAGUCCAUCAGUAACCAACCGACGCCCCAAGGCAGCGGAGCCACCACCCCGGACAACCCCUCCACCCCCGACACCCUGAGUGAGCAGGACGAGGGCACCGUGACGCCGCCGUCUAAACACACGUCUCCCGCCACCAGCCCCAACAACUCUUUCCGGAUUCCUGGUUCAGGUUCACGCAGAGCUACUGAGCCUCGGCUGGUGAGGCUGAAGAGGAUCCAGGUGGAGCUGGGAGUUCAGAUCUGCGGAGGAAACCUUUAUGGCGUCUUUGUGGAGAGUCUGGAUGACGACAGCCCGGCUAAGAGUCCUGGCGGCCUGCUGCCUGGAGACCUGCUGGUGGAGUACAACGGCAUCAGCAUGAAGAACAAAACUAAAGAAGAAGCAUACUUGGAAAUGUUGAAACCAGCGGAAACACUCACAUUCAAGGUCCAGAACUACAUAGACAACCUUGACGCGAUCAAAGAGUCCCCAGGAGAUGGAUUUUUCAUUAGAGCACUUUAUGAGAGGGUUGGGGAGGUGGAGCAGGAACUAAGCUUUAAGAAGGACGACAUCCUGUUUGUUGAAGACACGCUGCCAAAUGGCAAUUUUGGCUACUGGAUGGCCUGGCACCUUGAUGAGAACGCACAGAAGCUGGAAAAGGGGCAGAUUCCAAGUAAAUACAUGAUGGACCAGGAGCUCUGCAGGAGACACUGCACGGCUGAUAUGAAAGACGAUAAUGGCACCAACAAGACGCUGUCUGCUGCUGCGCGGAGGUCCUUCUUCCGUCGUAGGCUGAAGCACAAACGGAGCGGGUCCAAGGAUGGGAAGGAUUUGAUGGCUCUGGACGCCAUAAGCACAGAUUCUUUACCCAUCACGGAGGACGGAGGGAACCUGAUGUACCAGCGUGUUCAGAAGGUCGAGUGCUCGUUCCCCAGACCAGUGCUGAUCUUGGGCCCGUUGGUGGAGGCCAGUAAAGAGAUGUUGGUGAAGGAGAUUUCUGAAAAGUUCUGUCGCUGUCUGCCUGAGAUCAUGAAGGCAUCUCAGCAGGCAAUCGAGCGAGGAGUGAAGGACUGCGUGUUCAUCGACUACAAACGGAGGAGCGGCCAUUUCGAUGUGACGACUGUUGCCUCAAUAAAGGAAAUCACAGAGAAGGACUGUCACUGUUUACUCGACAUUGCCCCCCACGCCAUCGAACGGCUUCACAGUGUUCACAUCUACCCAAUCGUCAUAUUCAUUCGCUACAAAAAUGCCAAGCAGAUAAAGGAGCAGAAGGAUCCUUUGUACCUGCGGGAUAAACUCUCUCAGAAACAUUCCAAGGAGCAGUUUGAGGCGGCGCAGAAAGUAGAGCAGGAGUACAGCCGCUUCUUCACAGGCGUUGUCCAAGGAGGCAGCGUCUCCUACAUUUGCACUCAGAUCAUGACCAUCGUGGAGCAGGAACAGAGUAAAGUGCUGUGGAUUCCAGAUGGAGCACCGUAGCACAUCUCACCUCAUGUCACUCAAAAACAUUGGAGGAUAUAUUUUUUUUUUUUUUUAAAUCAUGGGAUCCGCAGUGAAUCGGUACAUCUAACAGACAUCAUACUUUUAUCCACAUAUACCAAUAUCAGCACUGAUGAUGAUGAUGAUCAUGUAAUAUUCCCACUACAAUAGUGAUGUACUGUACUACAGAUAGAUUUGUUUACACUAGUAUUUAAUACUUGAAUGCUUUACUUUCCCUUAUAUCUAGUAGCACUCCUUUAAUCCCACUGUUGGACCACAUGAAUUCUGCAUGGAUGCAAACUGAAGACUUUAUUCUUGAUAUGAAGAUAGAACGGAGCACUGUGUUCCCUUGUCUAUAUUUAUACAUAUUCUCCUACCCUUUUAAUUUAUCUAAUCAAAUCAAAGAUGUUGGUUAUGAACUUUUGUUAUACAAACGUAGUUGUCUAGUUAAUAGGAAGGAGGUUAUAUUUCCAGGUUAUGUUCUUAUUUAUAGAGGAGAAAUUGGGGCAAAUUUUGCUUCCUUCACAUCGUCUUCUGUUCUGUUUUAUUAUCUGAUGCCACUGCUUUUAUCCUCUGACAUCAUUUCAGUGCUAAAACUAAUAUUGUGCCAAGCUAAAAAACAUUUUGUUAAUCACUUUACAUUUUUGAAUUGAUUAACACCAACGACUUCGGGGAUGAAUCAUAGUACAGGUGUGUUAGUUCAACCAGUUUGUCCAGAUUGUCUGUUCUUCUAGUUUUGCCAAUACUGCUCCUCUUUGUCAAGUGGAAUUUUAAGAAGGGAUGUAUUUUAUUUCUGGGUCACGGUUGGCUCUCGACACAUUUUACACGCAUCCCCUGGAUUUUCAGUAGAUCACGUCAACAUUUCAUCUUUGAGUUUGGAUGGAAACGCUGAAGGUCAGGUUUUCUCCCAAUGAAGGUUAAUAUUUCUACAAAAUUAUUAAAAACACCAGUACAGUUAAUGGAA